UCAGCCAUGUCUCUCCAUCAGUGUCUGCUCAGAUUCUCAAUGGUAACCAACUGCUUCACUGGUCACUUAGUAUUUGCAGCUUUUUUUCUCUGAAGUGUUUCUGUGUUUGGAUGUGUAAAAUGCUGCUAGCAUUCUCCUCUUCUAUGACUGACUAUUUUGGCCUGGUUUUUCUGUUUGGCAUCGUUUCUUUCCUGCACAUUGCUAUUGGAAGAGCUACUGGUGCCAUUAACUACAUCAUUUCUACAGAUUAUACUUGCGGUUCUCCUCUGAACUGUUUCUCUCCUGAGCCACUAAUGCGGCUACGUCUCUCAUUAGCUCUGCUAAAAGGUUUCAUUAAACAUUUUCUCUCUUCCGCACAGAAAAGAAAUUCACUCUGCUUCGGGUUACAAGUUCAACUCUUCACCCAUUCUCCUCUGGAAAACCCAUGUGCUAAUCUUUUGGGGAAAAGAGCAUCAUUGUGGAUGUAUCUGCACGUAAGAUCUGUACAUUUAUUCCCUGUGUUUCCGUGUGUGAGGGCUGGUAUUUGCCUAUCAGUGUGAACAUGCAAUGGCUGAACUGUCUCAGCAGGUCAUGUGUGGGACACGACCAGGAUCCCUGAUCCCUGCUUGGAUAAGUCGUCUUUGUAUGUCACCGUCUACUGCGGACGGAGGGACUGGUUUAGAGGCUUCAAAGCCGCAGACAUUCCUGGAAUGUGAUGCAGGUUUGAAUGCCCAGGGGUCGAAUGUGGCCGCCGUAGGAGGAGGGGGGAGUGGAGGAGGAGUGGUAUAAAGGUCAGACAGCAGCAGUAAAACAAGCAGAUCAGCAGCAGCAGCAAGUGAGCAGACAGUAGUUUCUCCCUCCAGAGGCUCAUUUACAACACAUCAGCCAUGCCCACUCACAGCAGCCUUCUCCUUCUGGUCACUCUGUGGGCCUCAGUUCAGGACGGUUUGGGUCUCCCGGUUGUGAAACAGGCAGAACCAGAAGCCGUCGAAGGCGUGCGGACUCACCGGGUGAGGACCAAGCGCUGCUCCUGCAGCGAGCUGCUGGACACCGAGUGCCACUACUUCUGUCACCUGGACAUCAUCUGGGUCAACACACCCAGUAAGACAACAGUUUAUGGCCUAGGCGGAGGCUUGCAGCGGCGCAAAAGGUCCGCCGGGCGCUGCACCUGUGCCCGGCUCGACGACAAGACCUGCACCGAUUUCUGCCAUUUCCGUAAUGAGAUCCGGUCUGUGAAGAAGCCUCAGCUUGACAUGCUCCACAUCUUGAGAACGGCAGCCAAUAACUCAAAGCGGGAAGUAGACUCAGGGCACGCAGGCGGAGAACAGUCAUCGCAGGCUAAGAGGGAGAACGCGUGAUGAACGGAGGGAAGCUGCAGAAGCAGUGAGAGCGCAAGAGAAAGAAAGAGGGAGCAGAAAGCGAGCACCUGAACAAAUUCCACUCCUCCAGCAGAGAGGUCGCUAAGGGAUGUGUUCGAUCCGGGAAGGCCGCGUGUUGUUCUGUUUGUGCCUGCAACUCGAAAGCUGGAAGUACGUGCCCCAGGUCUACAGGUACACGUCGGAAACAGAAGGGAAGGAUCAGGAGAGGUGGAGAUGCAGCCGGGUUAUUUUUAACUCUGGAUGAGGGAACUGAAGCGACUGAGUCACAGGCCCUAAGAAAGAGAACGCAAGUUCGAAUACAAGCAUGGAAAUAUGGGACAUGCAUGGAUUUUUUGUUUGUUUUUUUGUUUGUAUUUACUUCAAUGUAACCAAUUUAUUUUAUAUAAUUUAAAGAUUAUAUAUAUGAAAUCUGUUAAAUCGGAUGAAUAAACUGAUUGAUUGGCUGAAUAUAAUAUGUCAGUUAUGAAUUAGCCUUUAUCAUACGACUGAUUGCUUAAGGGAAUUUAUUCUUUUUUGCUUUGGUAAAUCAAACUUAUAUCUGUAAAGCAUCAUUAAAAGAUCAAUAAAAACAAGGUUAGACACACAGAAAAAAAUCUACAAUUUUGUUUUCCGUGCCAAAAUAAAUAAAGUAACUCAUGAGAG